CAAACCCGUGCUUUAUUUUGUGCAUGAAUUUUAAUUAAUAAAAAAUAUUAUUAAUUAAUUAAAAAAAAAUAUUAUUCGCGAAUUAUUUUUAAACACAAUUAAUUUUGUGUGUCGAAAAAAAAUAAAUAAAUAAAAAUUAAAAUAAAAUAAAAAUAACGACCCGUGGAAACGAAAAAUUCUUUUAAUUGCUGUAUGAUAAAAGUGCCUACAAAGCAAAUAAUUAACAAAAAGAAUUUUUAUUGAAACAAAUACAUAGAGCGGCUUGAAACUGAUAUUCACGUUGUGGUGCAAAUAUUAGCCGCAAGUAAAUAUCGAGUGCACGAAUGAGAAAAAAAUUAAAUAAAUAACAAAAAAAGCGAAAUUUAAUUGUUCUUAAGUGAAAAAAAAAAUACAAAAAUUCCACUUGACUUGAAUUAAUAAAAAAUAUUAAAUCAAAAAAGGAUACAAAAAUGGCAUCUAUGAAAUUCAUUUUACUCGGACUACUCCUGUUAGGAUUAAUAAAUUCAGGUCUUAGUAGGCCAGAACCUGCCAAUGAUAAUGACGAUAAUUAUCAGAAUGAUGCAGAAGACGAAUAUCAAGACGAUGACAACGAUUAUGCGCAGGAUUAUGAUGAUGACACCUCGAAGGAUCAGUCAAAUCAAAAUAAGAAUAAGGAGGAAAAGGACUCAGCUCCGGCUUAUUUUGAAAAUGAUAAGAUGUCAAAGGCAGCGAAUUCGUCACAAAAUGUUGUUUUAGCUUGUCCCAUCAAGAAUCUCAAUCCAAAAAAUCACGUCAUCAUGUGGUACAACUACACAAGCUUAUUGUUCCAAAAACUCGCAAAAAUCUCGACCGAUUCUCGUCUCACACUCGAUGACAACUUUUCGCUUCACAUCAAGGACGUUCAAGUAACUGACUCGAACAUGUAUUUGUGCAAAGUUUUCCCCGAAAAGAUUACCUACACUGUCAACUUGAAAGUCCAUGGUCCUCUUACGCGUGCUUCGAUCUUUGCCAAUAACGUCGAUGUAACGAGCAAAAAAUUAACUUAUGACGUGCGUCAUCCAUCUCCCGAGUUCAAUGGGGAAGUUUUGCGUUUGGAAUGUCGUGCAAGUGGCGGAAAUCCCGCAGGACGUGUCACCUGGUCUCACAAAGGCAAAAAAUUCGAGCAAGGAACUGCCAGUCAUCACAUCCAUGUCUACAACAAUACCUUGGAAGUGCGUCAUAUUACACGCAAACACGCUGGAGACUACCAAUGCUUGGCUGAUAACGGAUUUGGAAAGCCCGUACAUGCCUCUGCUGAGUUAGUUGUUGCACAUAAACCAGCAUUCUUGAAGGAAGAAAACGCCGUGAACACAGCUUUCGGCGAAACAGCCCAACUUCACUGCAAAUUCGAAGCCAAUCCCGAGCCACAACACGUUCACUGGUACAAAGUUGAAGGAGCGCAAGGCAACGAACGCAUUCACGACACCGAAAAACACACAAUUAAGAACCAUUUCAGCAAGGAUGGCGGCGUUUCGACCACAACUCUCGUCAUUCACAACAUCAACCAACAAGAUUUGCACGAAUACACGUGUCAAGUAGAAAAUGCCAUCGGAAAAGCCAAAUCGAAGAUUUUCUUGAACAAUACACCAGCUAGCCCACAAUUGGUAUCGCACUCGUACAAAGCAGGCACAUUGACAGCCAAAUGGGAAAUUCACAGUCAUCAACCGUUGGAUGAGGUAAAUGUCAUGACACGUGCCAAGGGACACGAAUGGGUCUCACACGUUACUGCUGUCACAACGGAACACAAGCCACGUAACAAUGUUUGGACCGUCAAAACUCACAUUAACUUAGAAAACGGUGAUUACGACAUCAAAGCCAGAGCCAAGAACAUCGAAGGAUGGUCCGCAAUUUACAGCGAUGAACACAAACUGAAUCUCGAAAAAGAAAAAUUCUUAGAUUCACAAGAUACAAUCAAUUUCGUUGAAGAUGACACUGAUGAAAUUGCAGUCGCCAAAAUCGGCGGAGGAACUGGAGGAAGUCAAUCGAUAUCGAGGGUGUCCGUUUAUGCCUUAGCUUUACUGGUUUCUGCUGUGCUAUUUAUCCGUAACUAAAGUCAUAUAGUUGUUAAUAAUGAUUUAAAAUAAAGAAAAUUAGUUUAAUAGGUAA